GUGCUGCACGUGUUUUGAACGGAUCGUAACGUAAUAUAACCUAGAAACACAUGAAAUAGAUUAAUUCUUGACGAGUUUGGUAAAUUUGACCAAAAAUUAGAAGUGCAUGUGACUGUUAGUCUUCAAAGAUGCCGGUGAUACAAAGGGUCGUUAAACCAAAAACACGGAAAGGAAAGAAGGCGCUGCUGAGUAAGGAGCCCAAAAUCAUAGAAGAUGCUAAACAAACUUUGUUCAUUAAGGGGAGUCGUAGUAGCGAAAUCCUCAACAGUUGCGUGAAGGAUUUGUACGACUUGAAAAAACCAGAUGCUAGGAUGAUGCAGAAGAAGAACAAUAUUCUACCGUUCGAAGAUGUUACGCCGUUGGAACAGUUUUCUAGGAAACUGAGCUCCUCUCUCUUUGUCUUUACUUCGCACAAUAAAAAGCACCCAAAUAGCCUCAUAGUUGGCAGGAUGUUUGACAACAGUUUGCUUGACAUGGUUGAGUUCGGAAUCCAGGAAUACGAAGGUCUGGCACAGUUUAAAGUAGACAAAGUUUCCAUGGGGAUUAAACCGAUCCUCAUCUUCAAUGGCGAACUGUUUGAGCACAAUCGAGAGUAUUCCAGGAUCAAGAGUCUUUUAGUAGAUUUAUUCCAGCGUGAUAAUGUUGAGAACAUCAGAUUACAGGGGCUUGAACAUACACUCAGUUUUACCGCUAUAGAUAAUAAAAUACAAGUUCGGAGUUACAGAAUACUUUUGAAGAAAUCUGGAAGCAGGAUACCCAGGAUCGAGUUAGAGGAGAUCGGCCCACGUAUGGAGUUAAUUGUAAGACGCACAAAAUUGGCUUCUGAUGACCUGUACAAACAGGCCUGCAAGAAACCCAAGGAACUCAAGGUCAAAAAGAAAAAGAAUAUUUCUAAGGACACUUUGGGCACGACGCACGGAAAGAUUCAUAUGGGUAAACAGAGGAUCCAAUCAAUCCAGACGAGGAAAAUGAAGGGUCUGAAGAAAACUAUGGGCGAAAGGAAGGCUGAACGAAAAAGGAGAUCAAACCAAGAGGAUGGAAUGGAAGCAAAAAGAAGUAAAACCGACGAAGUUACCGUCGAGGGAUAAUAAAUGCAAAAUUAGACAGUUAAUUGAUUACUUGUGCUAAUUUAAAUGAUUUAAUGAUCAAUACGUGACGAUUCAUGAAUACAUCUUAUAUGUACUGAUGCAUAAGGAGGGCCAGAAAGAAAAUACAGCGUAAUUAUAUUAAAAA